AUGCAGCCCUGGUGCCCCCCAGGGGGCCUCCGUGGGGGCCCUCUAGGGGGGCCCCUAGGGGAAUUCUGCAGGGGGUCUUUAGCGGUGCUUCUUUCGGGUUCUGCACAGGGGCCCCCUAGGGGCCCCCCGAGGGGGUCCCCAGGGGGGCCCCCUGAUGGGGCCCCCGGGGGGCCCCCAGAGGCCCCUCAAGAAACGGGGCUUGCUCUGUUGGCCCUAAGACAGCCUUGCUGCCGGCAGCAGGUGCAGCAGCAGCAGCAAAAGAGGCUGCAGCAGCACCAGCAGCUGCUGCGGCCUCUACUGCGGCUGCUGCUGCUGAUGUUGGGGUGUUUAGCUGAGCUGGGAGCAGCAGCAACUGUGAUGCUGCAGCAGCAGCAGCCUCUUGCCUCUGCUGCAGCCGCAAAUGUUUUAAUUUAUAAUUCUUUUGCCUCUUCUCCAAUCUUUAGUUUUCUUUCCCCAGCAGCAGCAACACAAAGGGCCUAUCUGCAGCAGCAGCAGCAGCAGAUGACGGGCUUCAGACUUCACGCCUCAUUCAUACAGCAUCAACAGCAGCAGCAGCAGCAGCAGCAGCAGCAGAUGUUUAGAGCCGGGGAGGACGACGGGUCUUAUUAUUUUGUGGGCCCCAAAGAGGAGGAAAUGGAAACUCAAGAAGUCAAAAAGAGAGAAAGGGAUUUCUCGUGGGGGACGCGCAAGGAGGCGUACGCGCGGGUGCGGCUGCUGCGGGGCAGCGGGCAGCUGCAAAUAAACGGAAGAGAAGGCGAAGAGUAUCUGCAGCAAAAUGACUUUUGGCUUUUGAACUGCAGGGCCCCCCUCAUCGAGGCCAAGGCCCAGGACAAAUACGACAUUGUCGCCGAGGCGAAGGGGGGGGGCCUCGGGGGCCAGUCUGGCGCAAUUAUGCUGGCGGUGGCCCGCGAGCUGUGCAGACAGCAGCCGGCGGUGCGGCCGCUGCUGAAGCGCGCGGGUUUCUUAACAGUGGAUGCUCGGAGAGUGGAAAGAAAGAAAUAUGGACUUAAAAAAGCAAGAAAAAGGCCACAAUAUAGCAAAAGAUAA